AUGGGGGGCACGGCGCAGCUGCGCGACCUGCAGGGCGAGCUGCGCGCCAGGGGCGACGAGCUUCAGCGCUGCACCGCCACGCUGCAGCAGCGGGACCAGGAGCUGUUGGAGGUGGGCGGCCAGCUCACCGAUCUGCAAAUUCUCUUCGAGGAGGUCAACCAGCAGCUCCAGAACGAGUGCGGCAGGGUCGAGAGACUGCAGGAGUCUGUUGCGUCCUGCGCCCAGCAGAGCAAGGAGCUGGAGCUCCUGCAGGGCAUGCUGGAGGAGUCGCACCGGAUGCUGGCCCAGGUCCGCGACGCCCUCGAGCAGGAGCAGGCUGAGCGCCGCAGAGCGGCUGGGCUGCUGGAGCACGAGAAGCGGCGCACGCAGCUGCUUCUUGACGUGCUCAAGCACUUCAAGGAGAAGCUGCAGGGGCUCACUCCGCAGAUGCUCCUCAGCCGCCUGGGUGGCCCCGAGGCCAAGGCGCUGCUGGCAGGGAUCGUGGACGGCGCCGUCAUCGACAGCGCCGCCGCGAUGAACGGCUCCGCUGGG